CGCAACUGAGAGACCAUCAGUUCCAGGACCAACACAGGCCAACAAACAUCCUAUCCUUUCCAAGCCCAUAAACAACGAACAUAAUAAUAAGCCGCAUUUUUCGUUCCCUCCUAUAACUACUUGUAGUGAUUGUAUCCUGCAAACUACGUUACGAUAUUUUACUGUGUUUUAGUUCUUUACUCUAUUGAAGGCGGGCUAAUUACUUGAGAUCGUGUUUUUGUGCUGCAAUGGCAGAGAAGAAGGCAGAUGUCCCACAGUUAUCGACAAGAAACUGGGUUCGAGUUACAUUGACAGCCGCCAGUGUCAAACCACUUGAGAAAGUCACUGAUGGUCUUAUCAAGAAGGCGAAAGAUCAAAAUCUGAGGGUUAAGGGCCCUGUACGUAUGCCAACUAAAGUGUUACGAAUCACUACGCGAAAAACACCAUGUGGUGAGGGCUCAAAGACUUGGGACAGGUUUCAGUUUAGGAUUCACAAGCGUGUGAUUGACCUAUUGUCGACGGAUGAAGCUACCCAACAGCUUAAACACAUAUAUCUAGAGCCUGGUGUUAACUGUGAUGUUAAAGUCGCAGGAGAUUUGUAAUUUGUAAUAAAGUUUUCUUAACGG